UGUUCGUCGGGAAAGAUGUACCAAAAGGCGUACGGUCAGAAGGGGGCUGCAAGGGGUGACAAGGAUAAAGAAAGCGCGCAGGAGUUGUUCGACAAGUUGAAAAAGGCGACCUCUAGUGAAUGCCACUCGCUACUGAAGAAACACCUGACCGAGGAGAGGUUUAAGGCUCUUAAAGAUAAGAAAACGAAAUUUAAUGGCCGGCUGGAAGACUGCAUACGAUCAGGAUGCAUCAAUUUGGACAGUGGUGUUGGUAUUUAUGCCUGCGACCCAGAAGCCUACACAACAUUCGCUCUGGUUUUGGAUGAGGUGAUCAAGGACUACCACAAGGUUGACAAACUCGAUCACCCGGAACCAGACUUCGGUGAUACAAGCAAACUGGGAUUCGGCGACCUUGAUCCAUCGGGCAAUAUGAUCGUGUCCACGCGAGUGCGUAUUGGGCGCAGUCAUGACAGCUAUGGCUUUCCACCCGUCCUCACCAAGGAGGACCGGGUUAACAUGGAGAAGGACACUGUGAAGGCUCUGAACACCCUGACCGGUGAUCUCAAGGGGAAGUAUUACCCUCUGGAGGGGAUGACCGCCGAGACCCAGAAGCAGCUGACCGAUGACCACUUCCUGUUCAAUGACCACGACAGGUUCCUGCGCGAGGCCCACGGUUACCAAGACUGGCCCACCGGCCGCGGGAUCUACUUCUCGGACGACAAAAAGUUCCUCACCUGGGUGAACGAGGAGGACCACCUCCGGUUCAUCUCCAUGCAGAGUGGAGGAAACCUCGGAGAAGUCUACACCAGGCUCGUAAACGCUGUCAAUCAGUUACAAAAGAGUGGUCUGCAGUUUGCCAAGCGCAAAGGUCUUGGAUACCUGACAUUCUGUCCCAGCAACCUGGGAACCACACUGCGGGCGUCGGUCCACAUCAAGAUCCCCAAACUAGCAGCAACUCCAGACUUCAAGGCAUUCUGUGACAAACUCAACAUUCAGGCUAGAGGAAUCCAUGGUGAGCACACUGAAAGUGUUGGCGGAGUGUACGACAUUUCCAACAAGCGUCGUCUUGGCCUGACAGAGUUCGAAGCAGUCCAGGAAAUGCGAAAGGGAGUCGAAGCUGUGAUCACUGAGGAAAAGAAACUUGCUGGAAAUUGAACUGAUAUGUUUGCAGUAUUCAGUUGUACAGCAGACUUGUAAAUAUUCCACGUACCGAAACCCGUUUUUAAAAAUUAAUUGGGAAUUUGAUUUCACCAGAGAUGUCCAGACAAAAAGCACUGAAGAUUCUCAACUUGUUAACAGACUUUUUGAAUUCGGUUAACCACGUGUUCAACAUUCGUCUGGUGAUUAUGACAACAAAAUUGUUUUCCCAGUCAUACUCUAGUUUGUGUGGAUACAGAUGUGUGCUUAGUGUUAAUAUUUUCACCCAAUUCCCAGGAUAACCUGUGAUAUAGGAUUCAGUUAUCGCACCAAGCCGCUGUUUUCAAAACCAAUAAAAAAAAAAAAUGCAGAUUUA